CUCUUACGUCAGUGGAUCUCAGCAAAAAUGGCCGCGCGGUCUGUGUCCUGCGUUACCAGAAGAGUCUUCAUGUGGAAAGUCUCAGGGGCACCACGUAGAGAAUUUUGGUCUCGAUCCAGAAAAGAAAUAGAGCCAGUGGUUGCUGAGACUGUAGAAGAGGUGAAAAAGGAAUCUAUCCUAGUGUGUCCACCCUUACGAAGCCGAGCAUACACACCACCUGAAGAUCUCCAGAGUCGUUUGGAAUCUUAUGUUAAAAAAGUUUUUGGUUCAUCUCUUCCUUGUGAUUGGCAAGACGUCUCCCUGGAAGAUGGUCGUCUAAAGUUCAGUCUCUUGGUACAUUUAGCUGAUGACUUGGGUCAUGUAGUCCCUAAUUCCAGACUCCACCAGAUGUGCAGGGUUAGAGAUGUUCUUGAAUUCUAUAACAUUCCUGUUCAAGAUAGAUCUAAAUUUGAUGAACUCAGUGCCAGUAAUCUGCCCCCCAAUUUGAAGAUCACUUGGAGUUACUAAGCAAUUUGGAAGAGAAACACCUUGAAAUCAUUUUUUUCCCUGGGCAAGGGGGCUGCUUAUCAUACCUUUCAAUACUUUACCAUAAGAAAUACUACCAGAACUGUUCUCUAAACCCACUCUUUCUAUAGAUGAAUGUAUCAUCUCUUAUUUUUUUUCUCAUAUUAUAAAUGGACAAAUAACAGGACUUUCUACUUUCAUAUUUGCUGAAACUGUUUUUUUUAAAUGAAAUUAAGUCAUUAAUAAUUUGAAACAUUUUGAGAGGACACUGUCAUUAACUUGGAUUUAAGACAGGAGGACAUGUCAAGUUCACACCCUUCAUUAGGCAUAAAGUAGUAGUUGCAAGAAAAUAUUUUCAUCCUAUUAGGACUCAUAUCUAAGGUAGAGUUAUUAUAUAUUGCACAUAUACAAAUAAACUUGUAUUAGAUAGAUACCUAUAAAGGAAACAGAAGUAUGUUGCAUGUUACUGACCAUUCUAGAUUAAUUUCUUUUGGAAUUAAAGUAGAUUUGUUGAAGUGUAUUGUGUGUUGUAAAUUUUUUUAAGUGAAAUUUACUUCUGAUGUGCCUUCGCAUUUCUUUACAGUGAGUAUAACUUUGAAAAAUUAGAAUACAUGCCAACUAUUGAGUGCUAUGACUCUUGCUCGUAAGAGAUAUGCCAGAUUCUAUGUCUAAAUUGUGUAUUCUCUUCAGAGGAGAUGAUGCUUAUUUUAAACCUUUUUUCUAUAACUUCUAAAAAGUGAUGUUGAGUAUUCACUAGAAUAGCAAGUCUUUGUACUUUAAUGGACUUAAUUUGUGGAAAUUACUUAAAUAGCAGGUUAUCAGAUGGUUCUGAAUGACAAAGUUAGUUGUUAAAUUUGGGAUUAUUUAUUUUGAGACGGAGUCUCACCCUGUCACCCAG